UUCUUGGCUUGUCGGGCUCGCGCUCAUGGCGGCUGCAGGCAGGGCGCGCGCAGUCCCGAAGCGCCUCGGUUUAUGAAACGCGAGAAGGAAGGAGACCGUUAAAAAUGUGGCGGGGAUAAACCAGACGACCACCGGUUUUACAUUUUAAAUAAUGUUUGCAGAGGCCAGUCUGUCCGUCUGGGGAUGGGGGGGUCUGGGAGUCGUCCUCUUCCUCAUCACAUUUGGACCUUUUGCCAUUUUUUAUCUGGCCUUCUACAUCCUCUGUUUCAUCGGCGGGUGUUUCGUAGUGCUUCUUUUAUUUGGAAAGAUAAACUCAGAGAAACACUUGGAAAGGUGUGAACACUCCUACCUGCCAUCGACACAGACGGCCAUACUGAAGGUUUUGGAGGAGAUGAAAUCCGAGUCCAAACCCAUAAAGAUUGAUCGUCGUUUGACAGGAGCCAGUAUCAUAGAUGAGCCACUGCAGCAGGUCAUCCAGUUCGCCCUGAGGGACUAUAUCCAGUAUUGGUAUUACACAUUGAGUGAGGAUGAAGCGUUCCUCUUGGAGAUCCGUCAGACGGUCCAGAACGCCCUCGUUGAGUUCUCCACCAGGUCUAAAGAGGUGGACUGGCAGACGUAUUUCACCACCAGACUGGUGGAUGAUUUCGCCAAUCAUCUGCGUGUUUUCAGGAAAGCUCAGGAGAGGCUAAAUGAGCGAGAAGACCCGAAACAACGUGACUCUUCGGAAGAGUUGUUGGACUCGUUUUUUGAGGCGGAGGUGGAAAUGGAGAGGAAGAUCUGUAGAGAUGUUGUCUGCAUGUCACGCAAGGAUGAAGAAGGUUACCUGCGGGAUCUCUGUGAAGUGCUGCUAUACCUGUUACUACCUCCUGGAGAUUUCCACAACAAGAAUAUGAGAUACUUCCUCAAGGAAGUUUUGGCCAGAGGUGUCCUGCUGCCCUUAAUUAACCAGCUGAGUGACCCUGACUACAUCAACCAGUUCAUCGUCUGGAUGAUUCGGGACUCCAGCUGUAACUACGAGGCCUUCUUGAACAUCUUAAAGCUGACAGACAAAGUGGACGAGCUGGAGGCCGUCAAAGACAAAGUCCUGGAGGAGCUUCAGUACCUGCGGUCUCUGGACACGGGAGGAGACGAUAUCAACUUCAUAAAGAAUCAAAUCAAUAGUCUGCUCUUUGUGAAGAAAGUCUGUGAAACACGGAUACAACGGCUGCGAUCAGGGAAGGAAGUUGACGCUUUGAAACUCGCCGCUAAUUUCGGGAAGCUGUGUGUGAUUCCAUUGGAGCAUAUAUUAGUGCACAACAUCGCGCUGCAGUUCUUCAUGGACUACAUGCAGCACAUGGGCGGUCAGGCGAUCCUGUUCUUCUGGCUGACGGUGGAGGGCUAUCGGGUCACGGCCCAGCAGCAGCUGGAGGUCUUACAGAGCAGCCAGAGAGACGGGAAGAUUCAGAGCAGCCAGACCACCAAAGGCCUGCUGAGAUCCGCCGCGCUCGGCGUCUACGACCAGUACCUGUCCGACAAGGCCUCUCCGAGGGUGGAGGUGGACGAAGCGUCUGUAACCAGACUGGCUCAAAAACUCAGUAAAGAGGAUCCCACACCAGAAAUAUUUGAUGAAAUACAGAAAAAGGUGUAUGACAUGAUGCUGCGGGACGAGAGGUUUUACCCGUCGUUUAGGCAGCACCCGCUGUACGUGCGGAUGCUGGCCGAGCUGGACAUGCUGAAAGAGCCCAGUUACAGGGGUUCAGACGACGGGGACGGAGAGUCAUUCAACGGGUCUCCAACAGGAAGCAUUAAUGUAUCGUUAGAUGAUCUCAGCAGCGGGAGCGUGGAUGAGUCUGCUCAGCUUCAUGCCUUUAUCUCUGACACGGCUGAUGCUUUUCUAAACCCACUUCCUGUGGCAGGCGUGUGUAACGAUCACGGGAAGACGUACGCUCUCUACACCCUCACCGUCAUACGCAAGAGCUCGGACGGCAGCGAGGACAUCUGGAAGACGUACCGCCGCUACAGCGAUUUCCACGACUUCCACAUGCGCAUCACCGAGCAGUUUGAGACCCUCAGUCCGAUUCUCAAGCUUCCUGGUAAAAAGACCUUUAACAACAUGGACAGGGAGUUUCUGGAGAAGAGGAAGAAGGACCUGAACUCUUAUUUACAGCUGCUGCUGAAUCCUGAGAUGGUGAAGGCCUGUCCCAUGCUGGUGCCCUACAUCUAUGACUUCCUGGAGAACAAAGCCUACAGCAAGGGCAAAGGAGACUUCGCACGCAAGAUGGACACGUUUGUGAAUCCUCUCCGGAGCUCCAUGAGGAACGUGUCCAAUGCCGUGAAGUCACUGCCGGACAGCCUGGCCGAGGGAGUGUCCAAAGUCUCGGCGGACAUGGGCCGCAUGUCCGAGAAACUUGGCCAGGAUAUUAAACAGUCCAUAUUUAAGGUGCCUCCUUUAAUCGCAAAGUCUGACAUCGAUCCCGAACACUACCGCAUCUCGGCCCAGCUGGACGAAAAUGGGGAUGAUAAUAUCCCACUGAGGGUGAUGUUGCUGCUGAUGGACGAGGUGUUUGAUCUGAAGGAGAGAAAUCAGUGGCUGCGCAGAAACAUUAAAAACCUCCUGCAGCAGCUGAUCCGAGCCACGUCUGGAGACACCAUUAACAGGAAAAUCGUGGAUCAUGUGGACUACAUGACCUCGCCUGAGCAAGUGUCUGAUUACGUGAAGAGAUUCAGAGACUCUUACUGGCCAAACGGGAUCCUGGCCGAGACGCCGCCUCGCAGAGACAGAAGCUUACGCAUGAGGACACGAGUCGCCGCUAAGACCACACUCCUGGGCGUCAUGCCAGAUGAGUUGAAGCACAUCAUCGGAGCAGAAACCACACGUAAGGGCAUCCUGCGCGUCUUUGACAUGUUCCAGCACCAACCGCUGAACCGCCGGCUGGCCUGCGUCUUUCUGGAGCGCUUCCUGGAGACCUUGUUUCCUCAGUACAGGUUCCCCGAGCUGUUCGUGAAGCUCCACUCGCGCUCGCCACGCGUGCUCAGAUAUUCACAGAAACUGCGCAGCUUGCACAAGAGGUGACAGACGGACGGAGAAGGAGGAGGGAAACCGAGCCACCCGAACGGCAAACGCUCAGACACACACCUUCCUCUCAGUGCCUCCUGGCUGCUCUCCUUUCAAGCACUGUACUGACACGGCCGUAGCAUAGAGGAGUCAUUUUAUCAUCCUGAAGCCUUCAGCACCUCACUCACGUCUGAACCACUACGAGAGACUGAGCGAUCUCUCUCCGUUUGCCGUGCAGAUUUCUGAUCUGAUGUUCUGAAGGACACUGUGUAGAUAGAUACUGGGUUAUUUUGGGUUCGUUUUGUAUUCGGCAUUGGUCGCCUCAUCGUCAAUACUGUAUGGUGGAGGAAAUCUGACCGAAGCUACUAUGCACCUUAACACACUCAUUACAAGCAGAAUCAUCUGAGGAGGCUCGGCAGCGUUGUAUUAUGAUCAUUUUGUGGCACUGAAACUGAAAUAGGCGUAACGUUAUCCCUCUCAGCCUUUAGCUUACAUGUAAUAUUUAAGAUAAUCGAAAAUGAUUUAAAGGAAUAGUUAAAAUUACAAUUUGGUGAAAGUUUACUCCCCUUCAGACCAUCCAAGGUGUAGAUGAGUUUGUUUCUUCAUCAGACAUGGAGAAAUGCAGAAUUGCAUCACUUGCUCUGCAGUGAAUGGGUGCCGUCAGAAUGAGAGUUCAAACUGCUGAUAAAAACAUCACAAUAAUCCAGUUCAUCAGUUAACACCUGGAGGAGAAGACAAAAGCUGAAAUAAAAUCCAUCAUUAAUACGUUUUUAACUUCGAACCAUUGUUUCCGACUAAAAUACAAGUCCAUAAUCAUUAAAAAAAGCUUCCUCCAGUGAAAAAAAUCGAUCUCCUGUUAUUUCUCACAUCAAAAUCCAUCCACAUAGCUCAUGAUUUGUUUUGUUGAAUGGUGUUUGAUCUGUGCAGAUUUCUCUCCUGAUUCAGACAAGAUGACUUCCACUGGAGGAAGCGUUAUUAUGGAUUAUGGAUUCAUAUUUUAGCCAGAAGCGAUGGUUUGAAAACAGCUUAAUGAUGAAUUUGUAUUUUACAAACUUGAAGAUUUUCACUUCUCUAGACGUUAACUGAUGAA